AGAUUCCAGCUCCAGAGACUGCUGGCAGAAGCCCCUCAGCAAACCCCAAUCGCACAGUGCAGGGGAGGCGCAGCCCCGCACCGCACCCCACAGACCUGUGCCCGGGAUGACUCCGGGAGCCAGCGCGGCCGCGGGUGGCCGGGCAGAGCUCGCCGUUCGGCGGGCAGAGCUCGCCGUUCGGCCCGCAGCCCACUCUGGCUGCCAGGGGUGGGGGCUGCCCGGUAUCACCGCGAUUCUGCUGCGGCGUGGAUCCGCCAGCAUCUCACCAGGUGCGGAGAGAACGCGCGGUGCCGCCCGCCACGGGGAUGCUCCCGCACGGGGCGGGUGGGCGAACCCCUCGGUCCCCUGCGUACCGUCCGGGCCGGCGGUGCCGGUUGGCGGCCCCGCUCCGCCGGCCCCUCCCGCCGGGGCGCUGCAGGCCGGCUCCCGGUCGCACGUGGCGCGGCGGCCGCCCGCCCCCCGGCCCACGUGUGCCGCCGCGCCGUGCGGUGCCGUGCCGUGCGGUGCCGUGCCGUGCCGGCUCCCCGCUGCAGUCCCGGGGCGGGGCGGGCGCUGCGGUGCCGGCGCAGCGGCAGCGGCGGGCCCGGGGCGCGGCGGCGGCGGCUGGGGCCGGAGCCGGGGCGCCGUGCUGCUGCUCUUCUUCUCGCUGUCGCCGCGGCCGCCGGCCGGGGCCGCCUGGCUGCUGGGGCUGCGGCCCGAGGACACGACGCCGGGCCGGGUGUCUCUGGAGGGCGGCGCGGUGCAGGCGGCGGAGGGCAGCCGCUUCCUCCUGCGCCUCUACUUCCAGCCGCCGCCCGAGGGCAACGGCAGCCGCGGGCCGGCGGGGGAGCGGGAGCCGCGGCUGGUCUUCAUCGAGGAGGCGGCGGCGGGGAGCGCGGCGGCGCGGGGCCCGGCGGAGCGGUGCCGGGAGCGCAGCGCCUGGGCCUCGGACGUGGAGGUGGUGGGGCCGCUGCGCUCGGGCGGCGCGGCGGGCUCGGCGCUGGCGGAGGUGCGGGUGCGGGAGCCGCGCAAGGGCGAGGCGGCGGCGGCGCCGGGCGGGCGGCUCUUCUCGCUGUGCGCUUGGGACGGGCGGGCCUGGGCGCACCACGGUGCGGCGGGCGGCUUCUUGCUGCGGGUGCGGCCGGCCGCCCCGCCGCUGGGCACCUGGCUGCUGCCGCUGCCCGAGGCGGGCUGGCUGCGGGCGCUGGGCGCCCUGCUGCUGCUGGGGCUGUCGGCGCUGUUCAGCGGGCUGCGCCUCUCGCUGCUCUCGCUGGACCCGCUGGAGCUCCGCGUCCUGCGCAACAGCGGCUCUGCCGCCGAGCGGGAGCAGGCGCGGCGGGUGCAGGCGGUGCGCGGCGGCGGCGGCACCUACCUGCUGUGCACGCUCUUGCUGGGGCAGGCGGGGGCCAACGCGGCGCUGGCCGGCUGGCUCUGCGCCUCACUGCCCGGCGGCGGGCCGGCGGCGGCGGCCGGCGGGCCGCGGGGAGCGCCCUGGCUGCCGGUGCUGCUGUGCACCGCCGCCGUCUUCCUGGGCGGCGAGGUGCUGCCCUACUCGGUGUGCUCGCGGCACGGGCUGGCCAUCGCCUCCCGCACGCUCUGCCUCACCCGGCUGCUGAUGCUGGCCGCCUUCCCCCUGUGCUACCCGCUCAGCCGGUUGCUGGACUGGGCGCUGCGGCAGGAGCUCAGCGUCUUCUCUACGCGGGAGCGGCUGCUGGAGACGCUGCGCGCCGCUGGCCCCCACGGCGACCUGGUCCGGGAGGAGCUGGCCAUGGUGCAGGGCGCGCUGGAGCUACGCACCAAGGUGGUGGAGGAUGUGCUGACGCCGCUGGCCGACUGCUUCAUGCUCCGGGCCGAUGCUGUGCUGGAUUUCGCCACCGUCUCUGAGAUCCUCCGAUCUGGCUACACCCGCAUUCCGGUCUAUGAGGGUGACCGACGCGACAACAUUGUCGACCUGCUCUUUGUCAAAGACCUGGCCUUUGUCGACCCUGAUGACUGCACUCCCCUGCAGACUGUCACCCGCUUCUACCGCCGCCCGCUCCACUGCGUCUUCAAUGACACACGCCUCGACACGCUGCUUGAGGAGUUCAAGAAGGGAAAGUCCCACCUGGCCAUCGUGCAGCGGGUGAACAAUGAAGGGGAAGGAGACCCGUUCUACGAGGUGAUGGGCAUUGUCACCCUGGAAGAUGUCAUUGAGGAGAUCAUCAAGUCCGAGAUUCUGGAUGAGACGGAUCUGUACACUGACAAUCGGAAGAAGGAGCGAGUUCCCCACCGGGGACGCAAGCCCCAGGAUUUCUCCAUCUUCAGGCUCUCAGAGAGUGAGAUGAAGGUGAAGAUCUCCCCGCAGCUCCUCCUGGCUACCCAUCGGUUCAUGGCAACAGAAGUGGAGCCUUUCAAGUCCCCCUACCUCUCCGAGAAGAUCUUGCUGCGGCUCUUGAAACACCCCAAUGUCAUCCAGGAGCUCAAGUACGACCGAAAGAACAAGAAGGCAGCAGAGCAUUACCUCUACCAGCGCAACCGCCCUGUCGACUACUUUGUCCUCAUCCUGCAGGGGAAAGUGCAGGUGGAGGUCGGCAAGGAAGGACUGCGGUUUGAGAAUGGGGCGUUCACCUACUACGGUGUCCCUGCCAUCAUGGCUGUUGUCUCCUCAGAAAACGAUGUGCGAAAAAUGGGAAGCCUGGCAGGAUCCUCCUUCCUACUGCCUGUCUCAGUGUCCCGUACUUUCGCCUUCAGCAGAGGGGACUCCCUGGCUGGCUCUCCAGUGAACAGGUCACCGUCGCGCUGCAGUGGCCUCAACCGCUCCGAGUCCCCCAACCGGGAGGACUAUGGAGGCAGCAGCACGCAGCUCCACAGCAGCAGCAACAACAUCUACACGCCCGACUACUCUGUGCACAUCCUCUGCGACGUGCAGUUCGUCAAGGUGACCCGGCAGCAGUACCACAACGCGCUGGUGGCCAGCCGCAUGGACAGCUCACCUCAGUCCCCUGACAUGGAGGCCUUCGACAGGGAUUCAACCAAGGCCUCAACUGCACGGGGAACCCCACAGACCCCCAAGGAGGACCCUGCCACCCUCCUGAAUGAGAGGAACAACACCAUGUGCAGCCGCUCUGAGGGGCCGCGCAGUCCCAGCGAGUCGGUGUUCCUGCGCAUGGAGGCCAUCCCCUUCAUCCAGGAGGAGCUGGCUGACAGCGAGAACAGCAAGCGGCAGAACAGUGAGUGCUGCGGAACCGUCCUGGAAGCAGAGUCCACAGGUCGAGAGGCCGGGACCGGCUCGUCGCCGAGCAGCUCUGAGGAGGCACUGGGCAAGAGGCUGCUGAGAUCCCUCAGUGGGCGCAAGCAGCGGACAUCAUCAGAAGGUGAGAAGUCGCCUGAAGCAAGCUCCAAUCUCACCCCAUUAAUCACCUGAGCAGCAGCGUGGCCAGAGCACAGUGCUGGAGGCCCAUGCAGACUGGAGGUCUGCAGCAUGGGGGUCUCCUGCCGUGAGGCUCACGUCCAACAGCAGGAGGUCUGCACUCGCCCGCUGCCCGUCCGCCCGCUCGUGCCGCCCCUCCCUGCAGGAUUUGUGCAGAGCCCCAUCCCCAGGCGAGAAAGGAUGUACCCCCAGCAGGGCUGAACCACCCCGGCAGCCUGGACCAGCUAGCUGGAGACCGAGGGCCCUUGCCCUUACCCAGCUGCUCCCUGGUAGCAUCUGGUCUCAAGGAAGAGGUGGAAAAAGGAAAGGUGAAAAAGUGUCUGUCACGGCAUCCCUGCAAGCAGUGCAGGGAGGGGCAGCCCAACCCAGAACUGCCCUUUAACAUCAUUUACCAUCCCCAUCCCAGCGAGGCUCGGAGCCCUGCAGUGCCGGUGCUGCAAGAUGUGGUCUCCAGCACGAGGAGAAUGUGCUAUUUGGGGGUGCCAUGCACAGCUCAGGGCCCCAGCACACCUUUGUGCCAUGCCUGGUGACACACCCGCUUGCCUCGCUCACGCUGACCAUGGACACGGCCCAGCACCCCCGGAGCCCUGCCAGACACAGGGCAAGGAGCCCCCGAGUGCAGCCCCCUCUCCAUGCUGCAUUGGACCAUCCUCCCCUCCGCACACGCCUGCCGCUGGGAGGGAGGCUCGCACCGAGACUUCGGGGUGGAACAGACCAGUCAGUAGUUUUUGUAGAGGCUCAACGCAACAGGGAUAUCAACAUUAAAAGUGAUUUUUCCCUGA